ACUUCUACCUUGCAUCAUGGAUAGGAUCAGAGCUCCAGCUGUAUUUUUCCAAAGGAAGAAGCAGAAAGGGAUGAAUUCCCCAAGCCUUUCCUGCAAUUAUGAAGUAAAGUUCAAGACGAUUGUAAUUUUUAUAAUGCAGAGGAAGAUGGGGAUGACCAGAAGGACAUUUUUGAUGGAGCUGGCAAGAAGAAAAGGUUUCAGGGUAGAAAAUGAGCUAAGUGACUCUGUCACUCAUAUUGUGGCUGAGAACAACUCUUACCUGGAGGUGCUGGACUGGCUGAGAGGACAGGCUGUGAGUGACAGCUCCAGGUUUGAAGUUCUGGAUAUCUCCUGGUUCACAGCCUGCAUGGAAGCAGGAAGACCAGUUGAUUCAGAAACGUACCAUCUCAUGGAACAAGAUCGGUCUGCUCCUUUGAAUACACUUGAAUCAGAAGUGCCAUCAUUUAUUGCAAGCAAUGUAUCUCAGUAUUCAUGUCAAAGAAAGACAACUUUAAAUAACCUCAACAAGAAAUUCACGGAUGCCUUUGAGAUAAUGGCUGAAAAUUAUGAGUUCAAAGAAAAUGAAAUAUUCUGCCUGGAAUUUCUGAGAGCAGCUUCUGUGCUGAAAUUUCUUCCAUUUCCAGUAACCAGAAUGAAAGAUAUACAAGGGUUGCCCUGCAUGGGAGACCGAGUCAGAGAUGUCAUUGAGGAGAUUAUUGAAGAAGGAGAGAGUUCUAGAGCUAAAGAAGUGUUAAAUGAUGAACGAUAUAAAUCAUUUAAGCAAUUUACUUCAGUAUUUGGAGUGGGAGUGAAGACCUCUGAGAAAUGGUACAGGAUGGGCUUAAGAACUCUGGAAGAGAUAAAGGCUGACAAGACCCUGAAGCUGUCAAAAAUGCAAAAAGCAGGUUUUCUCUACUAUGAGGACCUUGUUAGCUGUGUAUCUAAGGCAGAAGCGGAUGCAGUAACUCUGUUAGUGAAGAAUACUGUGUGUACGUUUCUACCAGAUGCUUUAGUUACUAUAACUGGUGGUUUCAGGAGGGGUAAGACGAUUGGACACGAUAUAGAUUUUUUGAUCACCAAUCCAGGGCCAAGAGAAGAUGAUGAACUUCUGCAUAAAGUUGUCGACUUAUGGAAAAAGCAGGGCUUACUCCUAUAUUGUGAUAUGAUUGAAUCAACAUUUGUAAAAGAACAGCUACCAAGCAGAAGAGUUGAUGCCAUGGAUAAUUUUCAGAAGUGUUUUGCAAUUUUAAAAUUAUAUCAGCCAAGAGAAGAUGACAGCAGUUACAACACAUCAAAAAACUUUGAUUUUGCAGAAGUCAAAGACUGGAAGGCAAUUCGUGUAGAUCUGGUCAUAACCCCCUUUGAGCAAUAUGCAUAUGCUCUGUUGGGCUGGACAGGCUCUAGGCAAUUCGGUCGUGAUUUGCGGAGAUACGCUACUCAUGAAAAGAAGAUGAUAUUGGAUAACCAUGCUUUAUAUGACAGGAGAAAGAGGAUCUUUCUCAAAGCUGGAAGUGAGGAAGAAAUCUUUGCACAUCUUGGCUUGGAUUAUGUCGAACCAUGGGAAAGGAAUGCUUAAAAUUAUUUGCCAGUGUACAUUCAACAUUUGACAGCAAUUGUCUUCCUGCCUAUCUUUCAGUCUGAUAUAAAUACAAAAUAAGAAUCUCCAUGACAACUAAGAAAGUUUAAAAAUGUUGGAAUGCCAUUAUACAUGCUGAUGUUCCUAGGAAAAAAAAAAAGUUCUACCAAAUAUUUUCUAGUCUUUUCUGUUUUAAUCUUUGAAGUUUCUAUAUGGUAGU